CUCGUUAGCUUCUGUCUCUGUAGCUAAAUGUGUAUGAGAGAAGAUCAUGGCGUUUCAGUGCCAGAGGAACAGUUACAUGACAGAAUUUGUCACCACGGUGGUGUCCUGCUCUCCUGCCGAACUGAAACUAGAGAACAAUGGCAAGAAAGAGAAAGUAAAGGGAUACGAGGUGAUACUGAAGGACACGAUUCUUUUCCCUGAGGGAGGCGGACAGCCGGAUGACCGCGGGACCAUCGAGGAUUUAGCCGUGGUGCGAGUCCUGAGGCAGGGAGCGGAGGCGGUGCAUUUCAUCGGCUCUGAGUUCGAGGGAGGUCGUGAGGUUCGACUCAAGGUGGACUGGGAGCGCAGGUUCGAUCACAUGCAGCAGCAUUCAGGGCAACAUCUAAUCACUGCGCUGGCAGACAUGAUGUUUGGAUAUAAAACUACCUCAUGGGAGCUGGGCCGGCAGCGCAGCAGCAUCGAGCUGGACACGGCCUCCGUGAAGCCGGGACAGACGGAAGCCCUGGAGGCGGCGGUGAACGAGAAGAUCCGGGCUCACGUCCCGGUCACCGUGAGCCUCCUCUCUCUGGGCGAUCCGGCCGUGGAGAAGGUGAGGAGCCGAGGUCUUCCAGACGACCACGCUGGACCUGUUAGGAUCAUCGAUAUUGAGGGUGUGGAUGCCAACAUGUGCUGCGGGACCCACGUGUCCAAUCUUAGUCAUCUACAGCUUAUUAAGAUUCUGGGCACAGAGAAGGGGAAGAAGAACAAGACCAACCUCAUCUUUAUAGCCGGGAACAGAGUCCUGAAAUACACAGAGAGGAGCUACAGCACAGAAAAGUCCCUCACGUCCCUCCUGAAAACCGGUCCAGACGAGCACGUGGACGCCGUGGACAAGCUGCAGAAGACGGUGAAGCGCCUGCAGAAGAGCAACCUCGCUGUUCUCAGAGACAUGGCGGUUCUGAUAGCACAGAACUUCAAGAGCCGGGCAGACCGGGGCAACUUCUUCACCCUGCACAGCAAAGACGGCGACAACGAGUUUAUGAACAUCAUCGCUAACGAGAUCGGCUUUCAGGACACGGUUAUUUUUCUGACCGUGGGGGAGGAGAAGGGACCCGGACUGUUCCUGCUGGCGGGGCCGGAGAACGUUCUAACAGAACUGGGACCACGAGUUUCGGAGCUGCUGCAGGGCAAAGGUGCCGCGAAGAACGGGCGCUUUCAGGGCAAAGCCAACAGCCUGGUGAAGAGAGCCGAGGUCGAAGCUCUACUGCAGGAGCGCUGCCGUCAAAUCACGCCGAAAGAGGAGUGAAUCCGGGUGUGGUCGCUGCACAAACAGCCAAUAAAAGCUUCGACUGGACUGAAUGUGUUUCCACAACCGCUGGGGUUAAUGUACCUGAUUGUUGGAUAAUAAAUCGUUUAUCAUGUUUUAUUGUAAUAAUAAAUGUUUCUAACAUGUAUUUAAUAAA